UGAAUGUGAAUGCACUUACGACGGAAAUCCUCGACCUUAUUAUGAAUUGUUGUCAUUAGCUCGGACUUUUAGCCUACACCAUCGGUUUUACUGCUUUUGAGUUGAAAAGAGAGUGAAAUGGGCUCUUCAAACGAGUUACUGCACUGUCAGGAGUACGUCAGUUUCCGCAGCAGUAUACCUUUAAGACGCAUUUACGUGGAUUCGGAUUCAUCAAAGGAAUGGAAAAUUUACGACUCUGGACCGAAAUCUGUGAAAACGCCGUUGUUUUGCCUACCACCUGCCAGUGGAACUGCUGAUGUAUUUUUUAGACAAGUUCUGGCCCUCCAUGCUAAAGGUUUCCGAGUACUUGCUGCUGAACCGCCUGCUUAUUGGACUGUGAAGGAGUUCUGUGAGGGAUUGAAAAAGUUGAUGGACCACCUUGGCUUGCUCAAAAUUCACAUUUUUGGUGCCUCGCUAGGAGGCUUUCUCGCUCAAAAAUUCGCUGAAUAUACUGCCAAUUGCUCACGUGUUGCUUCGCUGAUUCUCUGCAACUCGUUCACGGAUACUUCAAUAUUCAACUUUACUGAUACAGCUUCAUAUUUUUGGAUGUUGCCUUCGCUAGUUUUAAAGAGAAUGGUCAUGGGAAAUUUCUCCACCCAAAUUGUAGACAGUAAGAUUGCAGACUCGAUCGACUUCAUGGUUGAUAGGCUGGAAAGCAUGAGCCAACAAGAUUUGGCUUCAAGACUCACACUGAACUGCCUAGAAUGUUCGGUGAACGCCCAAAAGGUCUCUGGUUUGAAAAUCACCCUGAUCGACGUGUUUGAUGAAUAUGCUCUCUCGAAUCAAGUCAGAGACUUACUCUACAAGAGCUACCCUAACGCCAAAUUAGCCCACCUCAAGAGUGGUGGUAACUUUCCUUACUUGAGCCGCAGUGACGAAGUCAACCUGCACUUGCAAAUUCAUUUGCGAGACUUUGAAAAUACUAAUCUCCAGGCUACCGAACCGCUAACUGACGUGGAAAAAUCUUAGCAACGCUUGCACACGUCUAAGAUGGAACUGAUGGUGAUCUGCACAUUCUCUAAUACUUUACAUUCAAACCUCUCAACAAGAAGUGAUACCCCUGAAAGCCAAAAGAUUAAUUACGCAAAUCCAUUAAAGAAUAUUACGCUAGAGGCACUCAUACACAAUAAAUAUCAUUAAGAGUCAAAGUGU